ACACACUUUUGGCUACGAAGAUUUCGUUCAUUGGGAUGAAGACGAGGAAGGAAUGUCUUUCUAUUUUCAAUAUUCAAGACCCAACAAAAAGCCGCGUUCUGUUCGAAUCAUAUCACCAUAUUUCAAGUACAUGUACGACUGUGUUAGCCGUAUUUGCGAGGAAAGAGAGCUGAAUAAAAAGGAAAACGUCGUAUUUCCCUCUGCGGAGGAAAGUGAUGAGAAAGAUGGAGAACUGUCGUCUUCAACAGAGAAAACAAAAGAUGAGGAAAUCGAAAGUGAAAAACCUCGUAAAUCUUCGAAAAAACCCAAGUCCAGGAAGGCUCCAAAAGUAAUAUCACAGGAUGAUGUGGCGAACAUCGACAAUGAUGAUUUGUAAUCAGCGUCAGUUUUUAUAACAUUCAAGUAUUAACGACUACAUGCUGUAUUUGCGAAAAUCGACGCAAUGAUCCUAGCGCGCAAAUUUGCAAAAGAGUGAACACGUCAGACACGCAAGCAGCCUUGUUUCCAAGGCAAGAGAAAUGCCCUGGGAACAAUAACAAAGAAGCACGUGGUGUACAAAUUUGUUCACAUGAAUCCAAAACUUGUCCACGUGAUUAAAGAUUUAAUCACGUGCCACGAGAAUUUCAUCAUGUGACUCACAAAUUGAUCACAUGCUUCGACUAUUAGAGUAACCGUUGCGAUAACAAUUUGAGCACAAAAUACAUUCAGGGUUCUUGAUGACCAUAUGUGUUAUUGUAGAUAUAUUAAUUGUACAGAGCAAUGUUGCUAGAUUGGUGAAUAACACAUACU